UUGCAGUAUCUGUUGCAAAGUAAACAUUCGGUAUUGAACUCACACUCACUGCGCUUUGAACACUCGAACGAGAGAAUUGCAAAAAUGUUCGUGAAAGUAUUGAUUUUAAUUUGCUUUUUGAGCGCAGUUCUAGCUUAUCCCAGAGAUGAUCGACAGGAUCCGUGGCGCCAACAGAACCCACAGUCGCCCCAAAGGCAACCUCAGUUCAAUUUACAGGGAGGUGGCAGUCCUAAGCAAGGCAUAGAUUUGAGCCUUGAUACACGUGUGCCCGUCUGGCAAAGCCGCAAUGGUCGACACGAAUUCGACGCCACCGGACAGUACUCGCAACACUUGGGCGGACGAUAUGGAAAUAGCCCUCCAAAUUGGGGAGUGGGCGGCCAGUACACUUUUAGGUUUUAAACCUACAGCAAAAUAAAUAUAAUUUUAUUAAAUUAUACUCAACUUGUUAACAGUUAUAAGAAAUUAAUAAAAAAGUA